UAUUGCCCAGAAGAAAAGAUGUUUGGUUUUCACAAGCCAAAGAUGUACCGAAGUAUAGAGGGCUGCUGUAUUUGUAGAGCUAAAUCCUCCAGUUCUCGAUUCACUGACAGUAAACGCUAUGAAAAGGACUUCCAGAGCUGUUUUGGGUUACAUGAGACUCGUUCAGGAGACAUCUGUAAUGCCUGUGUCCUGCUUGUGAAAAGAUGGAAGAAAUUGCCAGCAGGAUCAAAAAAAACCUGGAAUCAUGUGGUAGAUGCAAGGGCAGGACCCAGUCUAAAGACUACCCUGAAACCAAAGAAAGUGAAAACUCUAUCUGGAAACAGGAUAAAAAGCAACCAGAUCAGUAAACUGCAGAAGGAAUUUAAACGUCACAAUUCUGAUGCUCACAGUACCACCUCAAGUGCCUCUCCAGCUCAAUCUCCUUGUUAUAGUAACCAGUCAGAUGAUGGCUCAGAUACAGAGAUGGCUUCUGGCUCUAACAGAACGCCAGUGUUUUCCUUUUUAGAUCUCACAUACUGGAAAAGACAGAAAAUAUGCUGUGGCAUUAUCUACAAAGGCCGUUUUGGGGAAGUCCUCAUCGACACACAUCUAUUCAAGCCUUGCUGCAGCAAUAAGAAAGCAGCUGCUGAGAAGCCGGAGGCUCAGGGGCCAGAGCCUCUGCCCAUCUCCACUCAGGAGUGGUGA